UUUCAGGUCCUUGGACUAGACUUUCUUCUGGGCAGUGAUGACAUGUGGCCUCUGCUGCUUGGUUUAUCUGGUGCUGCUUCUAUUCUUCAGUUUUUCCUGCUCUUAUUGUGCCCAGAAAGCCCUCGAUAUCUUUACAUUAAACUAGGAAAGGUGGAGGAAGCUAAAAAAAGCUUGAAAAGGCUCAGAGGAGACUGUGACCCCACGAAAGAGCUUGCUGAGAUGGAAAAGGAAAAACAAGAAGCUGCCAGUGUAAAGAAAGUCUCCAUCCGGCAGCUUUUCAGUUCUUCCAGUUACAGGCAGCCAGUCAUUGUGGCACUGAUGGUUCAAAUAUCUCAGCAGUUUUCAGGAAUCAAUGCAAUCUUUUACUAUUCUACAAACAUUUUUGUAAGAGCGGGAGUUGAUCAACCAGUUUAUGCAACCAUAGGUGUUGGUGUCGUGAACACUGUCUUCACCAUUAUUUCUGUAAGUAAAUACUUCUGCAUUCAUAGAGCAAACUGCACUGUCAAAUGUACAGAGAAUGAAAACUUUCAUGAACCUCUAUUGAUCUUUUACUAUUCUACAAACAUUUUUGUAAGAGCGGGAGUUGAUCAACCAGUUUAUGCAACCUUAGGUGUUGGUGUCGUGAACACUGUCUUCACCAUUAUUUCUACCACUUUUGCUUGGAUGAGCUACGUGAGCAUGGUCGCAAUUUUUCUCUUUGUAAUUUUCUUUGAAGUUGGGCCUGGACCAAUCCCUUGGUUUAUUGUUGCUGAACUGUUCAGUCAAGGACCACGGCCUGCAGCUAUAGCCAUAGCUGGGUUCUGCAACUGGACCUGCAACUUCAUCAUUGGAAUGUGUUUCCAGUAUAUUGCAGACCUGUGUGGCUCUUACGUGUUCAUGAUCUUCGCCGUACUGCUCUUAGGCUUCAUUUUAUUCGCACACUUUAAAGUACCUGAAACAAAAGGAAAGUCUUUUGAAGAGAUUUCCACUGAGUUCCGCCGCAAGAAGCGAUCAGCGAUAAAAGGAUUAAAAGAUGCUACUGAACUGGAGAAUUUGCAAAGCAACAAGGAGGUAUAAAGAAACCGCAAAAUGUAUGCAUGAAGAAAAUUAAAGAACAUAUUUUUAAAUGCAGCUGAAAGAACCUUCGGCAAAAGCAUGAUUUUAUAAAAACCCUACAACUGAAAAGCCAAUAGGCCAAAUCAGUAUCAUGCUUCUGACUGAUAUGCUGGAUAGUGCAUAUAUCCUAUGCCCCUGAGACUAACCUGAUGUUACAUUCUAAGGGCUCAGUGUAUCUUGGUGUUGUCCUACAAAGACACAGGAAAGAAUGAAAGGAAUAGAUACAGAUAGGCUUCCAUGGUGCAUUACAUUGAUUCAUUACAGCAACAAUUUUCAUUUGAUGGAAACCAACAUAGGCUUAUCAAGACCAUAAUGCAGAAGGGAUAAAAGAAAGAAAAGAGGUGCUGCAUGAUCAUUUAUUCUUAUGGAUGGUUUUACCCUUUCUUUCCAUUCCCAUUUCUUCCUUUGCUAAACGAUACAAAGCCUUGGAAAAUCAAAUGCUACUGUAGUUGUCAUAUCAGGAUAAAGACAUAACUGAAGCUGAAGAUGUUAAAUAUAAAAGAGUGAGUGAAUUUGCCACCUGAUCUUAGAGUGGUGUGGCCAGGCCCAUUGAUGGGGAGGCAAAGGAGGGAAUUGCACCUGGACCUGGUGAUUCAAAGGGUCUCAGGGUACCUAUCAAUGCUGCUGCUGCAUUAGCAGCAGAGUCAGUGGCCAGAGCCCCUGGCCCCUUUAAAUCACUGCUGGCGUGCUGUGCCACGUGUUCCAGGCAGCACUAAGGACUGGGAUGAGUGCACCACAUUCUGGGUGGAGCUGAGGGCUGCUUGGGGGCCAGCUCAGUGCGCUCCAGGAAGUGCUCAGGGUGGGCUACCCCCAGCUGCAACCUUUCCCCCCAAGGCUCCAUCCCUUCCAGGAAUAGGAGCAGAUCCCACCCACCCACGGGCUCAGGGGCCCGCGAAGGCUAUCAGCAUCCCUGAGCAAGGUGUGGCAGUUUUCCCAUUUGAAUUUGUUAGAAUUAAACCCAGCUUGCUUUUGUUGGAAUUUAAUGACAUAAAUACUAUCUGGUCCCACACAAGUAUUAUAAAGCAAAAAAAACCCACACUUGAGGAAAGUCUUAUUCAUUCUGGCCAUUGUGUUUUGGGGGGAAAUAUUUAAUUUCUCCUUCCUCUGGGUACCCAGUUUGUCCUUUGCUAUGUCGUGUUUACCGCUUCAGCCUGAAAGAUGAUAGGACAGUCCAGGGGAGAGGGCACUGGAUUAGGAGUCUGAAGAUAAGGAUUCUAUGCCUUGCUCUUGUACAGCCUCUCUGUGAGACCCUAGGUAGGUCUUUCCCCUCUCUGUUGCUGUUUACUCUCCCAACCUGUGUUUGUCUUGCCUAUUUAGACUAUAAAUUCUUUGGGGCAGGAACUAUCUCUUACUAGGUGUUUGCAUAGCACCUAGAACAAUGGUGCUGUGAGCUCCAUUGGAUCUUAAAACACCACUGUAAUCCAAAUAAAUAACAACCAGGGGCCAGAUUAAAUUGUCCUAGCACUAUUAACUUCAAAUGGCUUCACUGACUUCAUCAGAGCUAUUUACACUACCUGAGGAUUUAGCUGGUGAAUGGUCUACCCUUAAGGACGCAUUUAUUCCAGACUCACUCAGUCAAAGGUGACAGAAGAGGAUUUUUAAAUUCCUGGACAUGAGUCUUUUUUUCUGCUUUUUUGUUUUGUUUUUUUUAACUUUUGAUAUCUCAUGAAUGUCUGUUCCUCUUUUGAGACUCUUCUAGCAAGUCUUUCACUGUAGUAACUUUAGGGAUGGAUUAAAACAACAGUGGGUCCUAGGGAAAAUAUAUUUACAGGCCUCCUUAAGAAUAACAAGAAACAGACAUGCAGUAUGCUUACUGCAUGCCGGGCUGGCCAUGCUGGAGAUCUGCCAGUCUAGCUGUUCACCCACUUGCUGCUGGUUGUGCUGUCUUAUCCAUGCCAAAAGGGCAGGCGGGCCAAAUUUGAAUGAGUGGUGUUGCAACCCACAUCCUGGUGAGCAGUGACCUGAAUAGCAGCAGGACGAGCAGGUGGUCCUGAUGAAUCCAUAGCAUGGUC